AUGGAACUCGAGAAUGAGCAGCGAACGCUCAUGCGCUCGCUGUGCGAAUUUGCCGUGCGUGUGCUCUGUGCGUCUCCCGAGACGCCAACGAGCGUCGCGUGGCAUGAGGACGUGUGGAGACGCGGUAUCGUGCCGACUUUCCAGCGUUUAUGUCUCUGUAUGACGCGCCUCGACCAGCUGGAGAUGCAGAAAACGAAGGAAAAAGAACAAGGAUUUCUAGUACAAGAAGAGAGACCCAAGGCGCCGUUAGGUCUGUUGAGUUUGCGGGACUAUUCGGUGCUACAGGCGGCAAUCGAGGUGCUGUUCUGCUGGAGCGCGUACCCUCGCGUAGCUGCAGGUGUGCUACUGCCCGUGGAGAAGAGAAGACACACACGUACAUUAGCUAUUUCUACGAACGUGCUUACGUGGGGGUAUCGCCAAUACCAUGCCUGCCGAGACAUUAACGACGGAGAAAAUGGUCAGAGUGAAGAAAAGAUGCGCGAGCUGCUGGACAUUACCCAGGUGCUGCUACUGUUGCUGUCGCUUCCACAGCUCCAGCCAGUUUUGCUGCCCAAGUACGUAGUAGACCUGCUAGCCUUGCUCGUGUACGGAGAAGUCGCGGUAGACGCGGAAAGAGUGUUAUCUGUCCGUACAGAGUUUGUUCGAUUGCAAGACGCGAUGUUACGUGUGCUGCCGCUGCGCAUGAGUAUGAGCAGUCUACGCGCGGCACUUGGCCAAGCUACUCCCGCAGCAAGUGGCCACGCAGCAUGUCAGCGGUUCAAAGCACGUUGUGGCAGCUUAUUGUCUCGAUUGCUGAUGGAGGACGGUGGAAUUGUGGCUACCAUCGAAAUGAUGCUUGGAGCGGUGGACGAGGGAAACACACAAGCUAGAAUGCAGGUCGCCACUCUUAUUUGCAAGUGUCCCAACAAUGAAGACCCUGGGAAGUACGUGAUUGCUUUAUGCGCACAAGUACGCGAACUGCUGCUUGCAGCCGUGACGCCUGAAAAGGGACGUAUUUGCAGCAAAUUGCUCGGUGAGAUGGCGGCAUUGCUUGCCGAUCAGGUGGCGGCACGCCACCCGGAGCUGUUUGACACGCACAUUUUGUCCGUUUUGUUUCGCCCGUUGCUGAUCUAUGAGGACAGUCGACCAGACGCGAUGAUCGCCUCAGCCAAGGAGACGUGCGAAGAAGCGUUGACGCAUUGUGUGAGUACCACCAGACUGCUCAUUUGCGGCCCGCCUCCGUCUCAACAGCUUUUACAAGCUCUCACCCCAAUCGUUCGCCCCCUGGUGCACAUGUACGCUUUUGCAGCGACGAGCAAAAGCUUUCUGGCGUCACCUCUACGUGCGGUGCUGAUUGCGUGGAUUCGUUCGUGCCCGAAUGCUGCAGUUUCUCUGCAGUUUGCGCUGCUUCCAGUACCGUUGCCCUUGCCGCCAACCUUGGUCGCUUGCGGAUAUGGACGAAGCCAUAAUGAAGCGUCAUGGCGACCACUGCUGCAAUUUUCUGCUGGAGGGGGUGGUGGCAUCUCGCUGAGACAUGUCCAGUCCCCUGUCUCGAUAGCAGGUGAACAAAACGAUGCAACGGGGCCACUGAAAGCGAUGAUAAUGCCUCUGGUUGGACUACUUGGUGACAAGGAACUCGAAACAUCGGACGUGGUAGGUGAUCUCUUUUCGUCACUCCUGUUGACGUACAUGAACGUCCGAAAACACGGCGAGGCAGCAGUGAUUGAUUUAAACGCCAAGAGAGGCUGUAUGACUUCAGGAUUCGCGUUUUGUGGAUCUGAAAAGAUUCCUAUGACUGCCAAAAGUGUCGAAAUCGUAUUGAUGUUGCUUGUGGCACUCAUCGAGUGUUUAGGGUCAUCUGUGCUACGCAGUGCUACGACAGUGCUGCAGUGCAUUGGAAUUGUGUUGGAGAUGUACAACACCCCUGUGACACCGUUGGUGGACAAAAGGCAGCAAAUUGAUAGCUUUGUACAGGUUAAUGAUACUGAUGGUGAAGAGGAAAAAGGUGAUGAGAUUCUGAUAGUAUGCUUGGGUGUAGUGCUGACCAUUCUCGAGAUGGGAUCGGCACACCGCAGCGACUCAGAAGAGCAGCAGCUUCGUGAAAUGCUUCCUGUGCUGGAGAUAUUGUCGUGCCACGAGCGACCUGAAGCUGCAGGACUUGCGAGCGAGGUGCGUGCACGGAUUCUGAGUCGUAGCGCCGUGGAAGCGAUAACCACAAACACGGUUAGAGCAGGCGAACAGAGUUUCGAAGAACUGCUUGAAAAAGCUGAACAAGAUCUUUCAAGUGAGCUGGUACCGCUGCGGGCUCGUGGAAUCGUAACGCUGACAAAACUUGUCCGUCAAAGCCAUUUGCAUUCACGCGAUUCUGAGUGGACGUCGCGGGUACACGUUUUGGCUCGCGUCUUUUUGGCUCAUCUACAUGACGCAGAAAGCUACGUGUUUCUUGCGGCUGUACAAGGUCUGGCGGCGCUAGCAGACGUGGAUCCCGAUGUGGCCAUUCCUGCACUGGUAAAAGCACUGAGGGAUGAUAAUGAAUCACUGGAAGCUCGCAUUAAGCUCAGUGAAGCGUUGCUGUUUUCAGCGAGGCGAUGUGGUGAGACUCUGCCCAAGUAUGGCAAGCUGUUUGUGUACGCAUACUUGGAUUGCAUUCGCCCCUCGCCUUCUCAGACGAAGCGAGUGAAGAGCGUACAAGAUGAGGCGAGCACGUGCGUGCAGCUUGUUCAAGAGGUUCAGAUGGAUGAGGUAAAAGUAGAGGCGGAAGAGAAAGUCGAACACUCUGACAACGGGCCGGAGAAUGAACAGGAACUUCAUGUCGCCGCCACUCUGCGGGCGAGCUGUUUGUCAAAUCUGGCUGAAGUGUGUGUUCUGCUACAGUGGGGGCUGCAGCCGUACUUGUUGGACGUGCUCACGUGUGUGUUUGGCGUUCUUCAACUGGAGCUUGAGGUUGAGCGUGAUACCAAGCAUCGACCGAUGCCUGUUGAUAUGGAUGUCACUGAGGACCAUGAUAGGACAAAACUGCGGAGACACCAAGCGGAAGAGUGGCAGCAGCGUGUUGUAGCAGUACGACGUGGAGCGGUGUUUGUGCUUCGGUAUCUCGUUGAACUGCUUGGCUGGAAGAUUUUGGAACUCAUGCCGGAUCAGCUGCUGCCACUCUAUCGUGCGCUCAAGCACGUGGCGCGUGUGGAUCGAGAUGAUGUCGUAGUUUUCCAUGCCAAUCGAGCGCUGAGUGUGCUUGAUGAUGUCAUGCGAGCUGAAUUGUUUCCAAGUGUGGGACAGCACGACGCGGCUUUUUGUAUCUCGAGUCUGCGCAUUUCGUAA